GAAAUAUAUCUACCGCACUCAUCCGCAGGCGCCGCACUUUCCGUGUUCAGCCGCUUCUUCCACAACAACGGCAUCUCUCCGCGACGAAAUAGUACCAGGUUCCAAAUAGCGGUGUAUCAGAAGAACAUGGAGGUGCAGAGCUUAGUUUCCUAUACCGCAAGACGCACUCGACCUGCGAUGCACCCGUGCCAACAGUGCAAACGCCUCAAGAGGCGCUGUGACAGAGAGCUGCCCGAAUGCUCAUUGUGCACUAGGAAUCAUCGACCUUGUGAAUAUCCUCCUGGGUCGAUGCCCGCUUCACCCAAAGAGGCUCAGUUGUCAUCGGGCAUCCUGCUGGACAUUCCCAUAAAUCGAUUUCCUGCGACAUACUUUUUUGAUCGCCGAGUAUUCAACGACUGCCAUAUGAGCAUAGAAAGGGGGCAUCUACCACCAUCGUCUGUUGCACUUAAUGAUUGGACCAGCACCGACGAAAUUCGGCAAAUUGCAAAUAAGUAUUUCGCUUCGGUGCAUCUAUGGUUUCCCAUUAUGAACCGGAGCAAAUUUUACGGAAGCUUCUUACAUGGUUCCGUUGAAGCAGACGUUGAGAUCUCUCUCCUUGCCAUGUGCAUGCAGCUUCUAGGAUCUCGAUCAUCUGAUGGAUUACAAGCCUUGGACACAGUAUAUAUCUCGAUUAGGCAGGCAUUCGUGCAGCUAGAGCAAGCUGGUGUCUUAAAUAUUACGGUACUACAGGCUCUACUAUUAACCGCCCUCUAUGAAAUCGGCAACGGCAUUUACCCUGCUGCAUAUCUCACGAUUGGCCAUUGUGCCAGAUAUGCAGUGGCCCUAGACCUGGAUAGAGAGAUACUCAACUGGAACCACGAUGCAUCCGAUUGGGUUGUGAUGGAGGAAAAGCAUCGGGCUUGGUGGGCUGUGCUCAUACUUGAUAGAUACAUCAACAUUGGCUGUCCUAGGAGAGCGUUAUGUACCCCAGACCCAAUACAGCUCCAAUACUUACCCAUGGCAGACGAUGACUGGAAUCAAGGGACACGGAUAAACGGGCCUCCCCAUAGGCUCUCGACGCCUGUUGAGGUUAAGAUGGGAAAAUUCGCAAGACUGGCUCAAGCAACUCACUUGCUCGGUCGAGUUCUUCGGCAUAUACGCGAUCCCACGACAGAUGAAGCGUUUUUGUUAGAAGAAAGGGAGGCACUAGAUCGCGCCCUUCGCUCACUCUUAUUACUAACUGUGGAUGAGGAGAUGGCGGACACGGACACGGCAUUUUGUUCUCCCAUGGCGUUAUUGGGGAGACCUUUAUUUUAA